UAGUGUUAGUAGUUUUAUUAAUUCAAAUUAAAUAUGCAGUCUGUGUGUAAGUAUAUGUAUAUAUACUUGCAUGCGACCUCAGAAUACAUUUUUGGCGGUCACGUUGAGAACCUUGAUAAGGGUUUGGCCCAUAGUGGAGGCAUCAAGUUUAACUCUUUGUUCAAUGAGCUCUCCUUCUAUCAUGUCUCUCAGCCAGGGUUGCCCCCAUGCCUUGGACAUGAUUAGUUUGAAGGUGUUGUGUCAUAUGACCUUGCUGUAUGUAUACAACAUCUUGUAAAGGUUGACAGACAGUUUACAUACCUGGAAUUGAAUCGAAGGAUUAGUCAGUUCAAGUUUCUAGGUAAUGACAACUGUGACAGACCGUGUGAAAUUAACCCAGGAAGUGAGAAGCUAAGUGGGCAUGCUGUACAGAACUGGUGUUUUUUGAGGAUGCUGCCAAUGUUAAUUGGUGACCAAAUUGAAUCACCUGGUGAGAAUGAAGUUUGGCAACUAAUUUUACUGUUAAGGGAAAUUGUUGCACUUAUUUGUGCACCAGCCAUUUACAAUGGUCAGAUAGGGUAUUUGAGAGUUCUAAUUGAUGAGUACCUAUAUUUUAGGAAACACAUGUUCCCUACUUCUCAGACCUAAACAUCAUUACCUUAGCCACUACCCAGAGCUCAUUAUUAAUUUUGGACCACUAAUCCGUUUGUGGACAUUAAGAUUAGAAAGAAAGCACAUGUAUUUCAAACAGUGUGUAAGAAAACUACAUAACUUUAAAAAUCGGUGCUUUACUCUCUCAGAAAGACAUCCGCUUCUGCAGGCGUUUCUUCAUGCUGGUGAGCUCUUCCCUCCUGCUAUUGUAGCAGAAAAGGCAACAGAGUUUGUGCAAUAUCCGCCUUGGUGGGAGAACUGAGGGAAAUCAUCCUCAGGGCUUUGCGUCAAAUGAUGAGAACACCACACAGCUUUUGAUUGACAAACUUGUAGGCUCUGGAUUGGAAUCCAAAGAUGAUCUUCAGUUUGUUCAACAAGAAGACAUCAGUGACAUACUACCAACUAUAAAACUAAGAAAACUUCUCAAUGCUUUUAAAAUGGAGUCAGAAACUGUCAGUUUGGAUCUCACCACUAUGCAGCACACUCCUUCCUUAUCAGCUGGAAGCUCCUCACCACGGCCAUGCUCUUCUAAUAUGUCGGUAACUACUGAUGGAGAAUCAAGCAGUCUUGAAAACAGUCGACCAUCUACAUCGCAUUUUAGGAAAUCGUGGUCAAAUACCUUUCAGGUACCAUGGCAGCUCAUGCCUGCAGAAAUUCAGUCUGCUCUCUCUUCUGGGAAGAGACCUUCACCACCAGCAAGACGACAAAUGGUCAGGGUGCUUGCAGAUGAAAUGAGAAAAUUUGAGCCAACACCAACACGUGCACAGUGUCUUACUAUUUGUAAAGCGAUUGUCCAUCAAUAUCCCCAGAGCUUUGCUGAUCAACUUCAUGAUGGCCAAGUUGUAGGGGAAGGUUACAGCUCACUUUUGGCCCAGAUCAAGAAUAGAAUUGAUAACCUCAGCCGGGCCACUAGCUUCCGACAGCACCAGUCAGCUGGCAGUGGUUUUAAAAGAGGAUCCACUGACACAUAUGGUUGCACCCGGUUUCAGCCUGAUCUUCCUUUAGAUGAGACCGAUGUCUCCAUUGAGACUAAACGCCAGAAGCUAGAGGAUCUAUUCCGUCAAGAAGGUGCAAAGGGAGCUGAGAAAGCUGAGGUAGAAAAACUGAUGGAGACAACUUUCUGCCUGCAACGGAGCCAAAUAAAUAGUGUGCCAGCACCAUCUGUUACGGAGCUGAUGGAAAAGUGGCCAUACCUCUUUUUUCAGAAAGGCCUGUUCGCCCAUUUUGAGCUGCUCACUGACAUUAAAGAGUUUUUUCUCUUCUACAACAGUUUAGCUUAUAACGCAGUAUAUGGGGGCAUAUCCUAA